AUGCCCGCCCUCCUCUCUGCGAUCUGUCGGUGCCGUGCGAGCCCGGUGCCCGGUGCCGUGCCCGCGUCUCCGCGCCCGGCUGUGCGCGCCCGCCCGCUCCGCCUCCGCCCAUGCUGUCCCGCGUCUGUCCGCCCGUCUGUGUGUCUGUCCGUGUGUGCACAUGAGGAGAGAGGAGGCGAGCCCGCCGCCUUUGUAGGAAGCGCCGGCAGCCGAUGCGGGGUGUGAAGGGAAGCUCUGCAUCUCCCGGGCUGCUGCAGCGGACUGACCGCCCCGCACGAUGCCAUCCUUCGAUGAGGUUUUGAAGGAGGCUGGGGAAUUCGGAAGAUUUCAAAAGAGGGUCUUUUUCCUCCUUAGCCAGACGGGCAUAACUUUCUCUUCGCUGUUCGCCAGCGUGGUUUUCCUGGGGCGGGCACCGGACAGCUUCUGGUGCAGGAUCCCCGGGGCAGCCGAGCUGAGCGAGCGGUGCGGCUGGACGCUGGCAGAGGAGCGCAACUUCACCGUGCUGCCCCUGCUCGGGGGGAACGGCUCGGCCAGCGGGGCGUGCGAGAGGCCGGAUGUCACCUGGGACACCUCGGCCAGCUGUGCCAGCCCGCUGGCCACCUACGGCAACCACAGCCUGCCCCUCGCCCCCUGCCGCGGCAGCUGGGUCUACGAGCAGCCCCACGCAUCCAUCGUCAGCGAGUAUGAUCUUGUGUGUGGCAAUGCCUGGAUGCUGGAUCUCUCACAGGCCAUCCUCAAUCUGGGGUUCCUGGCUGGAGCAUUCAUCUUGGGCUAUGCUGCUGACAGAUAUGGCAGAAUCCCCAUCUACCUGCUCUCCUGCCUUGGGGUUGGGAUAAGUGGUAUCAUAGUGGCAUUUUCACCAAAUUUUACUGUAUUUUUGAUCUUCCGUUUUCUCCAAGGCAUGUUUGGCAAGGGAACCUGGAUGACAUGCUAUGUGAUUGUGACGGAGAUUGUUGGUUCUGAUCAGCGGAUUGUCGGAAUCGUGAUUCAGAUAUUCUUUACCCUGGGAAUUCUAAUUCUCCCUGGAAUUGCAUACUUGAUUCCCACCUGGCAAGGGAUCCAGCUGGCCAUUUCACUGCCCAACUUCCUCUUCCUGCUCUACUAUUGGGUGGUUCCAGAAUCCCCACGUUGGCUCCUGACACGUAAAAAGGGAGAGAAGGCGUUAAAAAUCAUGCGCAACAUUGCAAAACACAAUGGGAAAUUUCUCUCACCACAUUACUCAGAGAUCACUAUUAGCAAUGAGGAGGUCAGCAACCCCUCCUUUCUGGACCUGGUGAGGACUCCCCAGAUGAGAAGGAACACGCUCAUCCUGAUGUACGCCUGGUUCACAAGUGCCCUUAUCUACCAAGGGCUUGUCAUGCGCCUGGGAAUCAUCGGAGGAAACCUCUACCUAGACUUCUUCAUCUCAGGAGCCGUGGAGCUGCCUGCUGCUUUCCUAAUCAUUGUGACAAUCGACCGCCUUGGCCGGCGCCUGCCCUUCGCCACCAGUAACAUCGCGGCCAGCGUCGCCUGCCUCAUCACUGCCUUCCUGCCAGAAGAUAUCCCAUGGCUCAAAACGACCCUUGCCACGCUGGGAAGACUGAGCAUCACAAUAGCUUUUGAAGUAGUCUAUCUAGUGAACAGUGAAUUGUACCCCACGACACUGAGAAACUUUGGUGUUUCCCUGUGUUCAAGUCUGUGUGAUCUUGGUGGGAUCAUUGCCCCAUUCCUGCUUUUCCGAUUAGCAGCCAUUUGGUUGGAGCUACCUCUAAUUAUUUUCAGUAUUCUUGCAGCUGUCUGUGGCCUCCUAGUAUUGCUUUUACCAGAGACAAAGGGAAUCUCAUUACCAGAGACAGUGGAGGAUGUGGAGCAGCUGCAAAGUCAUUUUGGAAAAUGUGGCAAGAAACGGAAACAGCGGGACACCAACUCUUAUAUUUGACUUUUGAAGGACAGCACUGAGCUAAGAACUUUGUUCCCAUACUGGGAAUUUGUUCUCCACCUGCCACGACUUCAAAAUUUGCUGCAGAAUAUGGAUUAAACUUCAUGUUCUCCUUCUAAGCACAAGGACAUUUAAUACAAGUAGUGUAUUUUUCUAUGAAUAUGGAAUAAAUACUUUUUUUUUUCUGAGUACACUGUUUGCAAGAAGGGACUGUGGUUCUUCAUAGAGAACAGAACAGCUUUAAAAUAUGGAAUUUCCAGCUCAGUGACCUUGUAUUUAUUUCUGUAUCUAUUUGAAGCAUUUGUUUAUUGUUUUGUUAGGAUUUACAUUUGUGUGGGAAGGAUUUAAUUGGCAGCGCUUGUUUAAGUUUUAGAAGACCUUUAGGAGGAGAGGAUGACUAUUUUAACCUGUCCUCCUUUGGCCCUGAAGAAUCUGGACCAAUAGAAGUUCUGAUGGCUAAAGAAGGAGGAUACUGAUCAGGGUGACUCUUUCCCUGGUUGAGAGGGGUGGAAAUCAGCAGUGUGCAUCAGGAGAACCUCUCCCUGGUCUGACUGACAUCCACAGGGACCCUUUUCAACAAAAGCCCUGCUUCCCUCCUUGUUCAAGGGCUUUCUGAAAUGUGGAAGCAGUGCUCCUCACCUUUCCAGGGCUUUAUGUAGGUGUCACACCCUGCACAGGGCAUUAUCUCUGCAGGAUGGGUUAUCCUUCUGCCCUUUACUGCCUCUCCCCAGGCACAGCUGGGGUUCAUGUGACACCCCUCAUACCUCCAAGGCAAGGACUUCUGCCUGUUCUCCUCUCACCCUCACCACUGCCAAGAUGACCUGCAAUUUCUGUCUUCUGUUCAUCAUCACUAUUUGUUACCUUUCUGUCUUGGGCAUAAUUUUUUGGGGGUUGUUGACAGAGAUGUCAAGCUGUCUUGGGCAGGGAUGAGCCAGGAGCAUUGGUUAUGGAGGGAAGUAAAUGUUUAUUGGUCCUUUGAAGCUGAUAGGUAAUAGAGAAACUCUCUGGCUCUGCAAGCAGAUUCCAGGGACAGACUGCCUUUCCUUUCUCCUGUAUGACCUUCGUCAAGAGUUGUGCCCUGGCCACUGGUGAGCAAUACACUCCUUGCAGGGAAGGACGUGAAAAAAUGUGGCAUUCAAAAGGUUUCCUGUUACUAACAGAGAAAUAAAAGACAGUCAGUGAGAUAUUGUAAAGGACCUUGUAAGCUCACAAAAAACCACAUUUGGCACAAGGAAAUAAAGGACUGAGUUUGGAAGGUUCAUACCACAAAUCAGUAGCACUACAGUACAGUCAGUGAAAAUGAAUGAGCACUGCUCCAGUCUCACCAUCCUAAGAGCACAGGAGGAUUUCCUACGGUGAGGAACAUACUGUGCUUUUCAAUAAUUCCCAACUCUUCCUGCCUUUCCCCAGCAGCUGCCCUUAUCACCUUCUGGAGGAAAACAGAACCUUUAAUAAUAAUCCCAGCCCAAUGUUUGCACACUUUAGGCAGUUAGUGAUAAAGGCCUGUCUUUCAAGGCUGUUUCUAACUUACUCUGAGGCCCAGUAAAGGUCAAAGGUAUGCUUAGCAUAAGUCAGUAAUGACUUAGAGAUAAGAAACUUAAAGAACAUCUCACAACAUAUACAGCUGAUCUAGAAGACACCACACAAAACUGGAGCUACUGCUAAAGGGAGAAAACUUCUCCUAGACCAAUGCAAUCUUUAUUUGACAGUUUCUUCAGUUUGUGGACAACUAAACCACAUUGAGAAAUAAGAGAUGCAAAGACUUGUUUCCUUCUUUCAGAUUAUGCUUUGUUUUACACAGCAUUAUGUGUUGCCCAAAAGACAAUGUAAGUGAUAAAUUUUGGUAAGUAAAAUGGCUUGAGGCAGUGUCAGAAGUUUGAAUAUAUUUAUUUCUUAAAAAUUUGUUUUGUAAUGGGCAGCAGAAAAAAGCCUAUGCAUAGGUUUUGAUUUCUAAUCUAGUAGUGCUUAACAACUUCAGGUGGAGAUUGUAUUUGGUAAUUCCUCCCGUGUUAACUCUUAUCCCUAACAGGGAUUUUGUAAGUUGAAAAAUCCUUCCCAUCUCUGUGAGACUUUGUGCUGCCUCCUGAAGGUGCAGUGGGUAUGUAACAUGGUGUAUGACCAGUGGUUUGGUAUUGGUGGGUUACAUUUGUGAGAGAGAGAGGACAGGUGAGGUGGUGGUGUGAAGAGCUUCAGCUAGGGAGAACCCCAAGAUACAUGAAGACCACAGGACAGGCUGUUUAAAAAAAAAAAAAAGUUAUUCUAAAUUCAUAUGUGCCUCAAACCAUUUAAUACUGACAGGAAAGUCCUACAAGCUUGUCAGGAGGCACAGCAGUGUUCUCCUAAGAUGCGUGUGUUGACACAAAAAUGGCCCAGCUCACUCAGAGAGAGGCACAUCCUCAGUGGGGGCCUGAGCUCUGACAGCUGGAAUUGUCCUGCACAUGUAUCCUCCAGAGGCACAUGAGAGAUGUGAGGGUCACAAAGGGUCACCGUGCCAUCGCCAGAGGCACACGAACAGUGUGACCUCAGAAACCCAGCUGUGCCUUUCCUCUUGGCAAAGAGGUUCCUUGGACCAACAAAUAGAUGAAAGUGAUGUUUUGGGUCAAAUGUGCCACUGACACCACACGUGCUGGGUGACUUUAUCCAGUCUGUGCAAAUGGUUACCACAAAAAAUGGCAAUUUCUAUUGCACCUUGCAGAAGGAAAAGAUCACAACUGGCACUGUUUGAAGGGUUAUGAGGUGAGACUUUUGUGGCCACUCAGGCAUAUCCAGGCAUUUCUAGACAUUUUGGCAAGGAGAGCAGGGCCAAUGGUUUCUCUGUCUACAAGCCAGGCAUUAACCAUGCCUUCAAGAGUUCACAAAGCUUAACAAACCAAAGUCCAAGCUGCAACACAGAAUUCCUGUUGUCAGGGAACAUUGUACAAAUCCCUUGGGUGGCUUAAUCACUGAAGGGGAUAUAUACAGAAAAUGUGCAGGAGGGUAUUUGUGCCCAGUGAAUCCCUCUGAGCAGACAGGUGGGUGGUGUGUGCUUUAUCAGAGCUGCUCCUGCUCAGGAAGACAACAGCCUGAGAUUAUUUCAUCUCCCAGAAUCACUCCAGAUGUAGAAGCUUCAGAAAUUACCCUGCCACCUAACUGUGCUUAAUAGUUCUCAUCUCCUUUAAGGCAAUGGGAGAAAAAAACAAACCAAAACUGCUAAGAUGCAACACACAUCUCUUCUGCAUGUGCA